AGCAAUAAUAGCAAUAAUAGCAAUAAUAGCAAUAAUAGCAAUAAUAGCAAUAAUAGCAAUAAUAGCAAUAAUAGCAAUAAUAGCAAUAAUAGCAAUAAUAGCAAUAAUAGCAAUAAUAGCAAUAAUAGCAAUAAUAGCAAUAAUAGCAAUAAUAGCAAUAAUAGCAAUAAUAGCAAUAAUAGCAAUAAUAGCAAUAAUAGCAAUAAUAGCAAUAAUAGCAAUAAUAGCAAUAAUAGCAAUAAUAGCAAUAAUAGCAAUAAUAGCAAUAAUAGCAAUAAUAGCAAUAAUAGCAAUAAUAGCAAUAAUAGCAAUAAUAGC